AUGUUGAACCCACGAGAAACACAUCCAGAUGAGAAAAAAAAGAAAGAAGAAGACGAGGAAAUUGGAGUUUUUCGAGUUAAAAAAUGCUUUAAUGGAGUAAUCGACGACGACGACACGAGUUCAAGAGUUUCAAGCAUUAGUAUGCAAGAAGCUAUAACUACCCUUACAAGAAUGAUGAAUGGAAUGGAGUUUCUCAGUAGUUUGGGUUGUAAAUGUUCUUGUUCAGAUAAAAACUCUGUUGAUACUAAAGAUGUUGGUGAAAUCAACUUUAGUUAA